ACUGAGCCAAUAUUAGUUUUGAAAUAUUAUCAAAAUGAAAUUUGUGUUAGUUGCAGUAAUUUUAGGCGUAUUUGCCCUAGGCAAUGUCCAGGGUAGAGUAUUUGGCACCAAAGCGAUUACAAGAUUGGAACAAUUUCAACAACUAGGUUUAGAAGGGCGAAUUAUUGGAGGAAAACAAGCUGCGCUCGGCCAAUUCCCAUGGCAAGUAGCUAUUUCUUUCAAAACUUCACAAGGUACUUUCUUCUGCGGAGGUGCAUUGAUUAGUGACCAAUGGGUAUUAACUGCAGCACAUUGUGUUAAAGGAGCUACAGUAUUUUCAAUUCGUUUGGGAACAACUUACAGUUCUGGUGGUAGUGAAAGUGGCGUACAAACAAUUAGUUCAACUAGCGCAAUUCAUCAUGAAAAUUAUAAUGAGCGAACUUUAAAUAAUGAUAUUGCUGUGAUUAAACUAUCAAGCAAAGCAUCAAUUAACCAAAAUGUGAAACCAAUUGAACUUGAUUCAAGUGUUAUCCCGGCUGGUAGUGCAUUAACUGUCAGUGGAUUUGGAGCAGUUAAAACUGGAGGUAGUGUCAGCCAAAAAUUAAACUACGUAGCAGUAAAAUCGAUUGCAAAUAACAAAUGUCAAGAAACUUAUGGUAGUACUGUGACUAACUCUGUUAUUUGUACUUUGGGCAACACUGUCGAGGGAACAUGUGGAGGUGACAGUGGUGGUCCACUUAUUCGUUAUGUAAAUGGAUCUCCACGGCAUGUAGGAGUUGUUAGUUUUGGAGCAGCUGCAGGUUGUGAUAUUGGAUAUCCAUCUGGAUAUUCACGCACGGAAUCUUUCCGAUCAUGGAUUCGAAGUAAAACUGGUGUAUAAAUAUCAUACAAACUGUCAUUUGUCUUUUGAAAAAUAAAAUUUAAAUAUUAUUAAUCUAA